GAAUUGUUAUGGCAAUUUGUAAUUUGAUAUCAUCAACCGUUGUGAUUGCUUGCAGAGAUGGAAUCCAGUUCCAAAGCUGAGGAAGAUAUCGGCUAUAGCAGCAUAACAACCAAGAAAGCCCAACUUCAAUCUAUGCUUUCAACUCUCCUGGAUGAUCCAAUUCUGGCAGAUGUUUCGAAGAAACCUACCCUUGUAGAUGUUGACACCUUGAUAAACUUGGAGCUAGGCAGUGCAAUGAAGAUAACUAUAGUUAAGAUGGACAAUACCUCAUUCGAUGUUGCUGUGCUGAACUCUGCUACCGUUAAGGAUUUGAAAUUAGCAAUCAAGAAGAAAAUAAAUGAGAUGGAGCAAACAGCAAUGGGUCAUCGCCACAUUUCAUGGAGGCAUGUCUGGGCUAACUUUUGUCUUUCUCAUCAAAAUGAAAAGCUGGUUGAUGACAAUUCUGUGCUGAGUGAAUAUGGCGUAAGCAAUAAUUCCAAGGUAAACUACUUUUAAACCUUCUAUUUAUAU